AGUUUCCGGCGACAUGUAUACGAGUAUAAGCUUGUAUGGUAAGAAGUAUUUCCUUUGUUACAAGUGCUAACUUUUGUCGCGCACCCAUCCCCAGUAUUAUGGCUUUUACGUUGGUUUUCAAUUUUUAUAACAACUUUUGGGACUAUGUAGGGUAAUGACUGUACCCUACGGUCACCCUAGUAGAGUAGCUGAUCAGGACAAAGUCACAAAAACGUUUUGAUGAUACCGUAUUUCUCAAGUAAAUUCUGGUUACUGGUACGAGUACUCUAGUUUUCGAAAUUUUGUCAUUCUACGUUAUUUUAAUGUUCCUUGAAUCUUCCGGUGUAGAUGUGUAGUGGUCAUGGUAUUGUGAUAUCACAAUGGCUCACUACGACUAUGUUAUUGUGGGUGGUGGGAUAGCUGGAGUGUCCUGCGCAGAAACAUUGUCGUACUGUGCUCAUGAUUCAAGAUCGGUUUUGGUCUCUGCAUCGCCAGUUGUUAAAGUUGCGACAAGAUUCAAACAGGUAACAAAAGUGCUUGAGGAAUUCGACGUCGAGGAGCAGUCGCUGGACGAUAUUGCGAAGCGCAUAGGCAGCGUCGGGGUUCUUCUGGAUCAAGCAGUUUCGAUUUCUCACACUGAGCGUAUUGUUCGGCUGGCUUCGGGUGUUGCUUUAAAUUAUGGGAAACUUUGCCUUUGCACUGGAGGAAAACCAAAGUUAAUCGCCAGAAAUAAUCCUUACGUGAUUGGGAUUCGUGAUACCGAAACAGUACAGGAAUUCCAGAAACGCUUACAGGAUGCCACGCGCGUUAUUAUUGUGGGCAAUGGUGGCAUCGCCACAGAAAUGGUGUCGGAGCUGGAAAAUGUGGAUGUGGUAUGGGUUGUUAAACACAAAUCCAUCAGCGCAACGUUUGUUGAUGCCGGAGCAGCAGAAUUCUUCUUGAAGUCAUGGAGUGAAAAGCGUCAACAAAGAAACGAUGAGAUCCAGCUUAAUAAACCGUCGGCGCGAUUGAAAUAUACCGAAUCCUCUAACUCUUCCUUACCUUCUACCACGGCAGGCAGUGCACUGGGGCCUGAUUGGGCUGGCAAUAUUUUGAUGAGUGGAAAAUUUUAUACUGCAGGAUCAUUGCAGAUUGAAUAUGAAUGCGAAAUCGCCGGCAUUCUUACUCCGGAUGAGUGUCUAGUAAAAAACCUGCCGGCAUGGGAGAACGGAAAGUAUCCAGUGUAUGCCGAACUAACGAACGGCAAAAUCAUAGGAUGCGACUUUAUUGUGAGCGCAACAGGCGUAAUUCCCAAUGUUGACUUGGUGAUUGGAUGUAUGCCUGCUGACGGAAUUGCCGUUGAUGGAGGGAUAAAAGUGAACGAGAAUAUGGAGUCCAUACUGGAAGAUGUGUUUGUUGCGGGUGAUGCAUGCACGUGUGCAUGGGAAACAGCUCCACAUUGGAUACAGAUGCGCUUGUGGACGCAAGCAAGACAAAUGGGUGCCUAUGCAGCUAGAAGUAUGAUUGCCAAAACCACCCACCAGUCCGUGCAUUUGGAUUUUGCCUUUGAAUUAUUUGCUCAUAUUACAAAGUUUUUUGGUUUUAAGGUCGUUCUGUUAGGAUUAUUUAAUGGUCAGGGGUUAGAAAAAGAAUACGAAAUACUACUGCGAAUGACAGUCGGGGUGGAAUACAUCAAAAUAAUUGUCAAAAAUGGAAAAGUGCAAGGAGCGAUUCUCAUAGGGGACAGUGAUCUGGAGGAGACUUUUGAAAAUCUAAUUCUUAAUGGUACGGAUGUGGCGCGUUAUGGAGAAGAUUUGCUAAACCCUGAUAUUGACAUCGAAGAUUAUUUCGAUUAAACGGAAUGCUUUCCGUUCGAUAUGCUGUGAUAAUGUGUGAUUCAUUGGCAUUUUUAUUUUGAUAAAAUUUUGCAGCGGAUGUUGUGACUGUGCCAUGGUUUAGUUGCUGAUAUGAGAUUUCUCUCCCGAUGAAAUGAUGUGCGAUAUAUUGAAAACAUCCAUGUGCCUGCAAAAGUUUUUG